AUGCCUCCGGAGCAGCAGGCUGGCUGCCUCCUGCUCCUUGUCUUCCUGGGGCUACCAGGGCCCGUGGACUCCGUGACCAGGACCUACUACCUGGGCAUCGUGGAAGAGUACUGGGACUAUGUGCCCCAAGGCAAGGACGUCAUCACUGGGAAGAGCUUCUCAGAGGACAAGCUUGCCACCUUGUUCCUGGAACGGGGCCCCAACAGGAUUGGUCGCCUUUACAAAAAGGCCGUGUACAGGCGCUACACUGAUGACUCCUACUCCACGGAGAUCCCCAAGCCGCCCUGGCUGGGCUUCCUGGGCCCCAUCUUGAGGGCUGAAGUGGGGGACGUAGUUGUCAUCCACCUGAGGAACUUCGCUUCCCGCCCCUACUCGCUGCACCCACACGGAGUUUUCUACAACAAAGACUCAGAAGGAGCCCUGUACCCAGACGGGACGUCCGGAAGGAACAAGGAUGAUGACAUGGUUCCUCCUGGCAAGAACUACACGUAUGUGUGGCCAGUGAGAGAAGAAUAUGCACCCGCACCGGCUGAUGCCAACUGCCUUACCUGGGUGUACCACUCCCACAUCGAUGCACCUAAAGACAUCUGCUCGGGUCUUAUUGGCCCCCUGCUGGUCUGCAAAAAAGGUAUCCUGAAUCAGUAUACGGGGACUCGGACAGACGUGGACCGGGAAUUCGUCAUCAUGUUUACGCUGGUGGACGAGAACCAGAGCUGGUACCUGGAUGAGAACAUCCAGGAGUUCUGCACAAACCCUGCUUCGGUGGACAAGGAUGAUGCUGUUUUCCAGCGAAGCAAUAAGAUGCAUGCUCUCAACGGCUUCCUGUUCGGGAACUUCCCUGAGCCCGAGAUGUGCGUGGGGGAGUCGGUGUCCUGGCACCUGUUCGGGAUGGGGAACGAGAUAGACAUCCACUCCAUCUACUUCUACGGCAAUACCUUCGUCAGCCGGGGCCACCGCACCGACGUGGUCAACCUGUUCCCUGCCACCUUCCUCACUGCAGAGAUGCUCGUGGAGAACCCUGGCAAGUGGAUGAUCACCUGCCAAGUCAGCGACCACCUGCAAGCGGGCAUGCUGGGCCAGUACAACGUUGGCAACUGCAAGAGUGGCACCUCUGAGGCUGUGAUGAGUGGCCGGCAGAGACGCUACUUCCUGGCGGCUGAGAAAGUUCUCUGGGAUUAUGCACCUCAAGGCUAUAAUAAAUUCAAUGGCCUUCCCCUCAACGCCUCAGGCAGUGACUCGGCACCCUACUUCACACAAGGGGAGAACCGGAUUGGGGGCCGCUACUGGAAAGCAAAGUAUGUGCAGUAUGAGGAUGCGGCCUUCACGAGGCGCAGGAGGCCUUCAGAGGUGGAAGCCCACCUUGGAAUUCUAGGCCCCGUCAUCAAGGCAGAGGUGGGCGACACCUUGCUGGUGACCUUUGCCAACAAAGCUGACAGACCCUACAGUGUCCUGCCCCACGGUGUACACUACGACAAGGCUUCUGAUGCCGCCCCGAACGCUGAUGGCUUUCUGAAACCAGGGUCUCAUGUGAGGCCCGGGGAGACCUUCACAUACAAGUGGACGGUGACCGAGAGUGUGGCCCCCACAGAUGAUGACCCGCCAUGCCUCACCUACCUCUACUUCUCAGCCGUGGAGGCCAUCAAGGACACCAGUGCUGGCCUGGUAGGGCCCCUGCUGGUGUGUAAACCGGGCACCCUCAAUGCCGAUGGGACACAGAAGGGGAUAGACAAGGAGUUCUAUCUCCUCUUCACAGUCUUUGACGAGAACUUCAGCAGCUACCUUGAUGAGAACAUCCGGAAGUUCACGUGGCAUCCCUUCAGCGUCGACAAGGAAGAUAAGGACUUUGUGAAGUCCAACCGGAUGCACGCUGUCAACGGCUACAUGUACGGCAACCAGCCAGGCUUGCAGAUGUGCCGAGGGGAGCGCGUGGCCUGGCACCUCAUUGGGAUGGGCACGGACACCGACAUGCAUGGGGUCUACUUCCAAGGAAACACCAUCCACCUCCGGGGGACGCACCGCGACAGCCUUGCCCUGUUUCCCCACGUAGCCACCACGGCCUUCAUGCAGCCCGACCACGCAGGUCUCUUCAGGGUGUUCUGCUCCACCUUGCACCACUCCGCCAGAGGCAUGAACCAGAUCUACGAGGUCGGCAGCUGCGGCCGCAAGGAGCCCUCUGAGCAGCCCUACGGGAUGAUCAGAACCUUUUACAUCGCCGCCGAGGAGGUAGAAUGGGAUUAUGCCCCUAACAAAAACUGGGAGUUCGAAAAGCAGCACAUGGACGCAGGAGGGGAAAGGCACGGAGACAUCUUCAUGAACCACACGGAGAACUGGAUUGGUUCCCAGUACAAGAAGGUGGUGUACCGGGAGUACACGGAUGGCGAGUUUGUGGAGAUCAAGGCCAGGCCCCCGCGCGAGGAGCACCUGGAACUCCUGGGCCCCAUGAUCCACGCUGAGGUGGGCGACUCCAUCCUGGUGGUGUUCAAGAACAAGGCCCAGCGGCCCUACUCCAUCUGGGCGCAAGGUGUGGAGGCCAUGGACAGUGGGAGGCAGCUGCAAGUGCCAGCCACUGAGCCAGGAGAGAUAAAGACGUACAGAUGGAACGUGCCCCAGCGGUCUGGACCCGGCCCCUCCGACCCCAAUUGCAUACCAUGGGUUUACUACUCAACCGUGGACUUUGUGAAGGACACCUACAGCGGGCUCAUGGGGCCGCUGAUCACAUGCAGAGAAGGGGUGCUGGACGAGAAGGGCCGGAGGAACGACGUGGACUACGAGUUCGCCCUCCUGUUCCUGGUCUUCAACGAGAACGAGUCCUGGUACCUGGACGACAACAUCAAGAAGUACCUCAACAAAGACCCUCGAGACUUCAGGCGCUCUGACGACUUCGAGGAGAGCAACAAGAUGCACGCUAUCAAUGGGAAGAUUUUCGGGAAUCUGCACGGCCUCAUCAUGAAUGAGGACACAAUGACAAACUGGUACCUGCUGGGCCUGGGAAGCGAGGUGGACAUCCACACCAUCCACUACCAUGCCGAGAGCUUCCUCUUCAAAAUAGAUAAGUCCUACAGAGAGGAUGUGUACGAUCUCUUUCCCGGCACGUUCCAGACCAUUGAGCUGUUUGCGGACCACCCUGGCACGUGGCUUAUACACUGUCACGUGUCUGACCACAUCCACGCCGGCAUGGAGACCACCUACACGGUCCUUCGGAACAUAGACAACAGGGUCCCUUAUUCCACCAAAUCCCCCUCCGGAGGGGCGUCCCCCGCAGUGACGGUGCCUCCCAAUGCAGGGUCUGGCCAGGAGCAGCUCUAUUUCUUCGGGAAGCAGCUGGGGCCUCGAAGUGCCAAGGCAGCUUUGGUCAUCCUCUUCAUCACAGGCUUCCUCCUCCUGCUGGCCACCGUGGGGCUGUCUCUCCGGCUGUGCUGGGCACGCCAGCGGGGGCCCUACCAGCAGGUACAGACCUGUGCGCUCCCCACGGAGGCUCUGUGA